AUGUUGCGUGGAGAUGCUGCGCCGCUGCAGCAUUCCCGCGUUGGACGCGAAAACCAGCGAUAUGACGGCGACGUGCGCCUAAUUGUGUGCAUUGUGCCAUUCUCUCCAGCGGGCCAAGUACUCUUGAUCUCAAGCUCGAAGCAUAAAGAUUGCUGGAUCUUUCCUAAGGGAGGAUGGGAGACCGACGAGUCUGUCCAAGCUUGCGCGUCGCGGGAGCUCGAAGAAGAAGCAGGGGUUGAAGGGAUCGACUUGCAACCUUUAGGCGAAGUUAACUACACAAGCGCGAACAGCAGCGACCGUUCGAAACCGAGCCGACUGAUUGGGGUGUCCAUGCGAGUCACCAAGGAGUACGAGGAAUGGUCUGAAAGCAAGCACCGCCAACGGCGAUGGGUGGACUUGAAAACUGCGCGCUCAAUGCUUCAAUCGCGCCCCGAGCUCCUCGAAAUGCUCAAUCGAGCCGCCACAUCCUAA